CCUCUCUGACCCCCCCCUCCCCCAGAUGGAGCUGUCGGACCUGCUGAAGCCCAUCGCCGACCACAUCCAGGAGAUCCAGCAGUAUCGCGAGCGUCACCGCGGCAGCAGCCUCUUCAACCACCUCUCUGCCGUCAGCGAGAGCAUCCCUGCACUGGGCUGGGUCGCCGUGAACCAGAAGCCCGCUCCAUAUGUAAAGGAGAUGAAUGAUGCAGCCACUUUCUAUACCAACCGGGUACUGAAAGACUACAAGGAAACUGACAGGAGACACGUGGAGUGGGUGCAGUCCUACCUGUCUGUCUGGACAGAGAUGCAGGCCUUCAUCAGGCAGCACCACACUACUGGGGUCACCUGGUGCAGGACUGGGCCCGUCGCUCCCCCGCCUCUCCUCGAAGGGGCCCCCAGCGCCGCCUGUCCUCCUCCCCCCCCCCCGCCCCCGGGCCCUCCUCCGGUCCUCCACGCCGACGGUGCCCAGACCCAGGCGGACGGCGUGGGCGGCCAGACCUCGGCUCUCUUCGCCCAGCUCAACCAGGGCAUGGACAUCACCAAAGGUCUGAAGCACGUAGCCGAGGGGAAGAAGACCCAUAAGAACCCCGACCUGCGCUCGCAGGGAAGCCCCAGCCACGCACCCCCGGCCAAGGCCAGCAAACCGGGGUCCACCCCCAGCAUGGCCCCCCCGAACAGGCCGGCGUUACUGGAGCUGGACGGGAAGAAAUGGAGGGUGGAGCACUUUGAGCAGAGACACGACCUGCUGAUCGAGGAGACUGAAUUGAAGCAGGUGGUCUACAUCUUUGACUGCAACAACUCCACCAUCCAGGUGAAGGGCAAGAUCAACUCCAUCAUCGUUGACAACUGUAAGAAGCUGGGGCUGGUGUUUGAGAACGCGGUUGGCAUCGUGGAGAUUAUUAAUUCUAAAUCUGUUCAAUUACAGGUGUUGGGUAACGUGCCCACCAUCUCCAUCAACAAGACGGAGGGCUGCCAGGUGUACCUCAGCAAGGACUCCAUCAGCUGUGACAUCGUCAGCGCCAAGAGCUCAGCAAUGAACAUCCUAGUACCGGUCGGAGAGGAUGACUUUAGAGAGUUCCCCGUCCCAGAGCAGUUCAAGACCGUGUGGGACGGCUCCAGGCUGGUGACAGAGCCCACCGAGAUAGCUGGCUGACAGCAUCGACUGCUUCCUUAUCUUCCAUUACUAAUUACAGUCAUGUAUGCCCCUCCACCCCCACACCCUUCUCACACACCCUACCCUUUUUUUAGCUGGCAAAGUAAAUGUUAUACACUCAAAAGACCCAUUUCUAAAUAUGUUUUUGUAGUCCAACUCUAUUUGUGGGUUCUUCCUUUCACCCUGAACCGCAUAACUUCUACACAGCAAUGGCAUUGCAUAUUGCAUUAUUAUUUUUGGCAUUCUUUCAGCAGGAAUAAAAGGGAUUGCUAGUUAAACGUAUCAAUUCGUUUUAUAGUUUAGUAUAUUUAUACUCUUGACAUUUGUGUGCCAUGGCACAAAGGCAUUUAUAUACGUCUUCUCAAAAUGUUUUUUUAUAUACAUAUAUAACCUAGGGCUAGGCAGAAUGCUCUACCUUGUAGUCACAUGGUUCUGUCAUUUAUUCUCAGUAACUCUGCUCUGGCACAUUACCGUAUACGCUUUAACGUUUAAAAUGCCCAAUUAAAUACAGCCAAGUAGCCUAUUAAAGCAAUAUAUGGUAUCACUAGCUACAUUCAGUAUUAAAGUAUGAGUAUAACACAUACAAAUUUCGUUAAAUGACUAAUCAUCCCAAUAUAUGUGCACCAUUUUUAUUAUCAUUAUCACAAUUUUGAAAAGAUAUGAUGAAGCGUUAUAUUAUCAUUGGAUGCUAAUGAUUUGACUCAAAUGAAGGACAAAAAUAUGUAGAAAGAACAGUACAGAAGUAGCGUAUGCCAUAUUUUUCAACACCUGUAUCACAUAUUUCUGUGAGAAUUAUGAGUCUACGUAACCAAGCUUGUGGCUUCACAUGUUGACCAAUGAAUGUUGGGAUGGUCUAUGUUGGUUCGUCUGGUAACAUCAGUGCAGUUGAGUCCGCCUGCCUAUGGCCUUCAGAUGACGACCUAUGAAUGUUUGGAUGGUUUAUGUAAGUUUGUCUGGUAACAUCAGUGCAGUUGCACACUUGGGCCUUGCAACCAUUCAGUGCCUUAUACAACUUUUAAUUAAGCAUCAAUAAUCAUGUAAUUGUAAUCUUUUUUCAAAUAAAUUUGAAUUCACCUUC